AGUAGCUGUUAACAAGACAGUAGUAAGUUGCUGGCUAUUCAUUGAACUACUGUAUGCUGCUGAGAAUGAGUGUCCUUGUCCUGUGUAUGAGCUGCCUGUGUCUAUGGCUGGGGAAGCUCAGUGUACUGGUGUCUGCAAACUAUGUGGUGCAAGUGAAUAUGCUCUCCUACAGUAAUCCAUCCAACACACUCCCUGGUGGUCAAUGUUGUGAUCCAGGCAUUGGUGGAGGAUGUAACGGAAGGAAGCGCUGUGACACCUUCUUCAUCUACUGCCUGAUGCCACAUGCCAGUACUGCUACACAGUGUCCCAAUAAUGAGCCCAGAUUUACUGCAGUCAGUGACCAUAUCGAGGACGGGGCAACCAUUGAUUUCUCACAAUCUACUGUACUAGGACUCUCUAAUCCAUUCUAUCUGACUGGAAUAUCGACAGCAUGGGAGGGAGCUCAGCUUUACAUACAAGUGCUUGAUUAUGAUACCUUUACAUCAAAUGAUGCUAUUGUAAGCUAUCGAUUUGAUCUGAAUCUCUUAGUGGGAUCGACAACCAUAUUAUCUGUCUCAAGUACCGGGGCUAGUAUCACUGCAAGUACUAUUGUGUUGUGUGCUCCUUUCUUCAUUACAAGCAGUUGUCAGUUUUUUAAUUACUGUCAGUUCUAUGCUGUCACAUGCAGUGACAGAGGAACGUGUGUGAAUGAAAUGGACAGUUUCACUUGCAACUGUGACCCUCCCUACUUUGGUGCAAACUGCGAGUAUCAAAACUUUUGCUACAACAGAAAUUGCAACGAAAGAGGAACAUGUACUAAUGGCUUUUAUUCCUACACCUGUGUCUGCGAUGCUGGCUAUACUGGUGCUGAUUGUGAGGAUGAUAUUGAUGAGUGCUUACUUAUGGGGACAGUGUGCAGUGACCAUGGCAACUGCUCUCAUGGAAUAGCCACCUUCACUUGCUCAUGUGAUCCUGGCUACACUGGACAGAGAUGUGAGACCGACAUUGAUGAUUGUGUGAACGUAAACUGCAGUGGACACGGCAACUGUAUUGACAGAGUUAACGGCUUUGAUUGUGAUUGUUUCCCUGGUUACACUGAUUCUAUUUGUCAAACUGACAUUAAUAGAUGUGAUGGAAUAAACUGUAGUGGCAAUGGUGGUUGUGUUGACAUGGUGAACAUGUUCCUAUGUGACUGUGAUCCUGGCUACACUGGUGCUGAUUGUGAGACCAACAUUGAUGAUUGUGUGAAUAAGAACUGCAGUGGAAAUAGUGUGUGUGUGGAUGGUGUCAACUCGUUCAGUUGUGAGUGUGUGUCUGGCUUCACUGGAGAGAUGUGCAACACCACCACUUCAGAGUUGAAUGGUGGUCCAGGGGAUCUCAUAGGAGGAGUGGUGGGAGGUCUCCUAGUGCUGAUGCUGAUACUCCUGCUCUUGAUAGUGGUCGUCGUGGUGUGUGUACAAAGAGCUCAUGAUCAGGGGAAGACCAUUCAAGACACUCAGUUGCAAGGAGACACCAUUUCCUACAUACCUGGAGACAACCCAGUGUAUGGGAUUCCUGAGAACAGAACAAAUACCAUCAACCCGAUAUAUGGCAGCCUGGAAUCACUCAACGAUGCAGAACUGGUCAAUCCAAUUUAUGGAGAUACAGAUUUCGAAGACGUACCUUAUGGAUUGGCCUCUGCAGUAUCAGACUAUGAGACACCUAUUAGUAUACGCAGAGCUCAGGGGAAGACCAUUCAAGACACUCAGUUGCAAGGAGACACCAUUUCCUAUAUCCCUGGAAACAACGAAGACGUACCUUCUGAACUGGCCCCUGCAGUAUCAGACUAUGAGACACCUGUAUAGUACGCACCUGUGUAUGACAAUAGCUAGUAUAGAAUAGAAGGCAUGCAGAAACAAUUUCGAUGUUGUGAAUUCUCUUGUAUUAAUUUUAAUUGCAGUUGAGAAAUCAGCCCUUCCCCCUUUUUAUUUAUACCCACACACACAUUAACUUCGCAAUUCACCAUCUAUUGUAUAACAGUAAACACCUCACAGUGUAACGUUUGUACAAUCAUGUAUUAUUUACACCAUUAUAAUUAUUUAUUUGUAGACUGGUAAUCACUUCACACAUUUUAUAGACAU